UUGACCACAGCAACUCGCAGUAUGUGGCGGGUGUAUGUAGCAACCGGAGGUGGUUUCCUACGUGCUUUAAGCGGGUCUGUCCCGGACGUUUUGUUACCGCGGUGCUACGUAGUGUAACGGUAAAAUUAUUCGCCUGGUGUGACCUGCUCUGCGGUUUGUUGUACAUAAGGGCCUCACAUGGUGCGACAGUUGGCGUAUCAACGGUACGCUAACACGAAGCUAACGUAAUAGCUUGAGCUAAAGUUACACUGGUCGGUGAAAGGAAGGUUCUGACACAUUUAGAUUUUUUCUUCAUUUUUGACAUGAAAAUGACAACGGCGAGGAGAAUUACUACAGUGUCCCAUGAACGUCCUCUGGAUCUAGAAGAUUGUCGCUGCCCAGUCUGUCUGGAAAUCUUCUUGGAGCCAGUUACACUUCCCUGUACACACACUUUUUGCAAGGACUGCUUCCUGGAGUCUGUGGAUAAAGCAGCUUUGUCUUGUCCUUUGUGUCGACGGCGAGUGUCCACGUGGGUGCGUGCAAACAGUAGGAACAACACACUAGUCAACGAGCAGCUUUGGCAGAGGAUCCAGAUCAGUUUCCCUCAGCAAUGUGAACGUCGACGUGUGGGCCAGGCACCUGAGGACGAAUUUGGAGUGUUGGUGAGUCUUCCCACAGUCAGUCAACCUGGAGAGCUCCAGCGAGAAUAUCAGGACCAGAUCACCAAGCUGACUGAGGAGAAGCGAGCACUGGACGAGGAGGAAAGGAAAGCAAGCGAGUCGUUCAUCCAGAAACUGCUAGAGGAGGAGGAGGAGAAGCUAAGGGAGGAGGAAAGGAGGCGAGAGGAGGAUGAAAGACUGGCAAAGCAGCUCAGCAGUCAGCUGAACCCCCCUGUGGUCUCACCACAUUCAAAUGGCAUCUCCCCGAUACCCAAGAAGAAGGAGGUCACAUCUGGACAAAUAGAAAGGUUCUUCUCUCCCCGUCAAACUAAACAAUCUUCAAUCUGUAGCCCUAUUUCCACCAACAUCUCCAACAAAGAGAACAUCAUCGUUUCUAACCUGGACCUUGACGAGACCUCAACCAGUAGAACAGAGACUUUGCAGAGAAAUCAGACUCCAAAGAGGAGGACUUCAGAGCGGGAGGAACCAGAUGACGCUGUGGAGGUGGUGUCCAAAAGAGGCUGCUACUCCUCCUUCCCGGAGGGUCCAGUGUUGUCCUCAACAGCUGAGCAUGAGUGGGAGGCGGAGACUCUGAGAAGACAACAGCAGGAGAAGGAAGAUCUGCGCCUGGCGCUCCUCCUGCAGAAGGAAUUGGACCAGGAGGAGAAGCGCCGAAUCAGUGACCGGAGCAAAGGCUCCCCUGACGCCUACCUGCUCCGCCAGAAUCAAGCUGCAGGAAGAGAGUCUCGUAGUAAGACCCCGAACAAAGUCAGACGGAAAAAUUCAAACAGUUCCUCCUCUGGCUCCUCCUCUUCCUCUGACUCUUCCUCAUCUUCUUCUGGCAGAGGCAAUAAACAGACUACUCUGACAGAGAUGUUCUCCAGCAGAUGAAGUUUGAGAUUAGACCUUUGUACUGCAUCUCUGUGUGUCAGUAAGAACAGAUUUGCAGUAUUAUGUCAAAAUAGUUUAGUUCUUGUAGUGAGAAGAUUAGGAAAAACUCUGUAAGAACACUAGUUCCGUCUGAACCAACCCCCGAAGUGCAACUUAAACCCUGAUGUAGCUGCAGCAAACAUGAUGUCCUUCUUUAGUUUUGUUUGUAGUUAAAACUCUAGGGGUUAGUAAUGAUGGAUCUGUUAAUCAGCUUUUUCAAUUUUCUUAAUUAAAAAAAAGAAUUACUAUAAAGUUAGUUUCUGAAGUGAAAUUCUAAAAGACAGGAAAAAGAAAUGUCAGUGUAUUUGUGUACAAAGGAUUGUGGGUAUAUUGAUUAUUCUGAGGAUCCACAGUCUACAUUCAUGCAUCCUUUUAAAUCAUUUAUUUUGAUUUUUAGAUAGGUCUCUGAGGCGGUCAGUCGCACUUCCUGUGACAUGCAGAAUGAUGUAACUCACAUGCCAUGGUACGUCAGUGUGGAUCCCACAGAAGAAGAAGCAGCGGUUCUACUGGUCUCAUGGUCAUGGGAUUCUCAUGUCUCAGUCUGAUGACUGGACACAGUCACAACCGGAAACGUAUCAAAGGAUUGAAGUGACACAUUUGGAUACGUGUUGUUGUGAGAAAUGUUUGUGUUUUGAAUGAUUGAAAUAUUGUAGUAUAAUUUACAUCUACAUUUGUUGUGGCCUUUACAUCUGCAUCAUUUUCAGUUAAAGUGGAACAAUUUUAAAAGGACCUUGAGCCGGUAGUUUGUUCCAAACAUCUUUAAGAAAUAAACACUGACAUUCUGUCCGUUUCAUA